UCACACCGAUCCAUCCUCCUCCUCCUCGCAUCCGAUCCGACCCGACCCCAGAGACACGAUGGCGGCGGCGCCGCCCGACGGGCAGGAGAAGGUAAUCGCGGCGGCGCAGCACAUCGUCAAGUCGCUCGCCAACUCCAAGAACGCCGCCGACGACAUGAUCCGCAUCCUCUCCGGCUUCGACAACCGCUUCUCCCACAUGACCGACCUCUUCCCGCCCGCCAACCCCAACGCCUCCUCCGCCCUCCUGGAGAGGCCGCGCGGCCCCGGCCCCGACGACGACGACGACCUGGACGAAGAGAGGGACGCAGCGGUGGAGGACGCGAUACGGGUCGUCGAACAGUGGGACUCCCCGGCCGCGGGGGACAGGCUGGUGUUCGAGUCGUCGGAGGACGCCGAGGAGUACCUGGCCGCGGCCGCCUGCCUGGUGGGCGAGGCCGGCCCGCGCGUCGAGUCGGCGCUGCAGGUCGCGAUGUCCCGCCUCGAGGAGGAGUUCCGCCAGCUGCUGAUCCGCGGGACGGUCUCGCUGGGCGUGGAGGACCUGCAGGCCUCGCUCCUGCGCCGCCUCUCGCUCACGGUGCCCGCCUUCAACUCCGCGUCCUCCGUCGAUCUCGACUGCCCCUCCUUCGCCAACCACGGCGGCGACGAGGGGGACGAGCCCGCCACCCCCGCGGGCCGGUGGAGCUCGGUCUCCGACGGCGAGAUCUCGCCCUACCUCAUCUCCCCCGACACCGUCAGCACCCUCAAGGACAUCGCGGACGUCAUGCUGCGCGCCGGCUACGGGCCCGAGCUCUGCCAGGUCUACGGCGAGGUGCGCCGGGACACGCUCAUGGAGUGCCUCUCCGUGCUCGGGGUCGACAAGAUGAGCCUCGAGGAGGUGCAGCGCGUCGACUGGGGCGUCCUCGACGGCAAGAUGAAGAAGUGGAUCCAGGCGCUCAAGGUCGUCGUCCAGGGCCUUCUCGCCGAGGAGCGCCGCAUCUGCAGCCAGAUCCUCGCGCUCGACGCCGAUGCCGAGGAGGAGUGCUUCACCGAGGCGGCCAAGGGGUGUGUCCUGCAGCUGCUCAACUUUGGUGAUGCGAUUGCGAUUGGGAAGAGAUCCUCCGAGAAGCUCUUCCGCAUCCUUGGUAUGUAUGAGGCGCUAGCUGAGUUGCUGCCGGAGCUCGAGGCACUGUUCUCAGGUGAGGCAAGGGAUUUCAUUAAGGAAGAGGCAGAGGGGAUACUGGUGAGGCUAGGGGACGCAGUGCGUGGCACAAUUGCGGAGUUCGCCAAUGCGAUACGCGGGGAGACCUCUCGCAAAUCACUGCCAGGCGGCGAGAUCCACCCGCUCACGCGCUACGUCAUGAACUACGUACGGCUGCUUGCGGAUUACAGUCGCUGGCUGAAUGAUCUUCUCGAUGGCUGCGAGACUGAGCUGGAAACUGGGGGUGACAAUGCGGAUAUUACUCCUCUGGGACACUGCGUGCUCAUACUCAUCACACAUCUAUUGGACAAGAUUGAGGAUAAAUCCAAGCUCUAUGAUGAUGAGGCACUGCAGAACAUAUUUUUGAUGAACAACCUCUGGUACGUUGUGCAGAAGAUAAAGGAUUCAGAGCUUAAGUCUCUGCUUGGAGAUAACUGGAUCCGUAAGCGCCGUGGUCAGAUAAGGAGGUACUCCACAGGGUACCUCCGAUCCUCGUGGACCAAGGUAUUAGCUUGUCUGAGGGAUGAUGGGUUGCCACAGGCCACAGGUUCAUCGAGUGCACUCAAGGCUGCACUCAAGGAUAGGUUCAAGAGCUUCAACCUUACUUAUGAGGAGCUAUAUAGGACACAGACAGCUUGGAGGGUUGUGGAUCCCCAGUUAAGAGAGGAGUUGAAAAUUUCCAUCCAAGAGAAGGUCCUUCCAGCCUACCGCUCGUUCGUCGGAAGGUUUCGAGGCCAGCUAGAGGGAGGAAGAAAUUUCGCAAAGUAUAUAAAGUACAACCCUGAGGAUGUGGAGAAUCAGGUCUCUGAUUUCUUUGAAGGGAAAAGAUUGAAUGCUUGAUCAAUCUGUCUACUUUUCAAGGGAUGUUCAUAUCAGUUUGGUGGUUACAAGUCCAUGACAAAGUUCAUUCAAGGCGUGCUCUAAGGAACUUGCCCUGCCAGCAUGGUUUUGAAGUUCGAUGAUGGAGAAAUCAGUUUUGACUGGAGGAGCAGCAUGAAUGCAAAGCAACCUGAAUCGAAGACUUUAGCUUGCCACCUUUGAUUCUUUUCAAGGCAGGUUCUGACAUUGGGCUUCCACUUGGGCUUUAGGACACUGUGGUGAGCUGUGUAACUGUUAUUCUUACAGUUUGCACGUAUACUGUUGAUUGUUGAAUAUUGUUGGAUGGUCGGUGGGUUGCAUUUUAUGUACAAUUUAUACAGCAGUUUUGUUCACUUUUA